AUGGGGAAGAGAAUCGGCGUAAGCUCGUGGAUGCUGAUGGUGCCAAUGACGUCGUGUGCUUCCUAUUUCUUGGGACCGAAAGCCGUUGUGGAGAUCGAGGGAUUAGACUGGAAGAGCAAUCUUAUUCACUGGGGGUUUUGUGUCGGUCCCAGUGGCUUUGGAAAAUCCCAAGCCUACCAGAAGAUCAGCAAGAAUAUCGACUUGGUCGAGCGGAUCAUCAAUGAUGAGAUUAUGGAGCACCUCAUGUACCGCCUCUACUGGCUGACUCACAGCUUGGAAGAGGACAAGAACGUGACAAUCUUUAAGCUGGCAGGCAGUGCGCGUGACGUGUUUGGCCAGGGCUUUGACAACAUCCAGAAAGUGCUUCGAGAGCUCUACAACAAGGACUUACUCCACAAAGCAGGGAUCAUCUCGAAGGCCAAGGGGGAAGUGCUUCAGAUAUCCGCCAUCUUCAGAGCCAUGAGCCUGGUACUCGAUCCUUCUUACCAGUCUCUAGUUGAGCAGCCCGAGUCCUUCUUGAUCACCGAGGAGGACGUCCGGCAGGCAUGGAGCUUCGUGAACCUGACAACGAGGCAGCGCAUCGAGUUCGAGAAUGAUCAAGAGGUAAUAAAAGUUUGUUCAAAGGUCCUCGGGUGGAAGCAGCUCGGACAUCGGGACGAAGAAGAUGAAGAGGAGGACAAUGAUGACGCUGACCACCCCACCGACGAAAUGAACGACUUGGACCGGAGGGCCAGGAGGAUGUUCAAGAUGUUCCCGGAUGAGACCAUCAGCCGGAUCGAGGUCUCCAGAAAGAGGACGCAGGGCAAUAACAACGAAAUCAAAGAGGUUUUCGACUACAUCUCCUCAAAUGACGACGAUUCGACGCACUACUUCGGCUCUGUCCAAGAGAUGGUCAAGCCGCAAGUCAGCAAGCAGAAGCAGGAAGUUUUCAUCAAGAUGAUUCCAAAGUCCGAGGACGAGAACAUCCAGCUCAUCAACAACCUAAACCGCAUCGGAAUGACCCUAGACGCCUUUCUGCCGCCACGCGCGCGCAAGAAUACGAAGAAAAGCGCCGGCAGCAACUCCGACACAUCCGAGCCAGGCAACACUUCGUCGCGCGGUUCUGACGGCCAGGAGAUGGACAUGGAUUAG